GCACAACAAAAAAGACCAGAGAAACCGAAUGAAGUCGGUUCGUACCAAUACUUUGUUCCAAGCAGUGGCUACUGACACUGUACUGGAAACCCUAGUCUGAGUGCUUCUCUUCUUCAUUUGUAGCUUGACCGACGUUAACGCAUUCAUUGAUGUGUUUCUGUAGUCACUUUGAAUGCACCUUUCAGCGACUUUCAACAAGCAAUCCUAUUUCUUUAUGAAAUUCUAAUUGUUCGAGCUGAGAUUUCGAAAACCGUUUAGUACUGAUAGACGGGAGAGGUUUGGAAGGAUGGAUGGGGAGCCUAUUGCAACGUCUGCGGCAACGUCCAGUUCAUCUGAGACUACGGCCACUGGAAGUGGUCUGAGAUCUCCCGUUGCAUUUCAAUCACCACCAAGGGAUGUCAGUGCCAGAUCAAUGCACGCAGUCAUGAAGUCUCCUAGCAGUAGUUCUAGUGCAUUGCAUGGUCAAGUGCGGGUAAAGUCACCUGUUAAACGAUCUGCAUCAAGUGACCUGGAGUCCUUGGCCAAGAAGUCUAAGAAGAACCCAUCGCCAGCCCCUCAACGUAGGACAUCGUCUAGACCGAUACGACGAAAACGUUUCGACGACGAGGUUGUGGAAAGCAGUGCUGCUCCUGUCAAGCCACCAGUGGUGAAAACGCCUGUAGCUAAACAACCAGCCCCUGUGAAAACUCCUGUUGCUAAGUCGACAACGAAGAAAUCCGGUCCAGGCAGAAAGCCAGGCAGUCAGUCGCAAGCUGCUGCUGCCGCUGCCAGCAGCAGUAGCAGUGCUUCUUCUAGCACAGCAGCAGCAACGACAACAACGACGACGGCAGCAACGUCAACUAGCAGUCAGGGUGCUGGUGCUGCUGGCAAGACAUCGAGCGGCGGAGAAAAGAAAACACCCCCGGUGAAGGCAACCUAUCGCAAGCUGAGUAAGAAGGUUAAGCCGGUGAAGGAAGUUGGACGAUGGCUGGCAUCUGAUGACCUGUCGUUAAUAACUGCUGUCCAGCAAACCAAUGAUUUAAAUCUUGUGCAUAUCGGUGUAAAGUUCUCUUGUAGCUUCAGCCUUCAUGACAUCCAGGAACGCUGGCAUACAUUGUUGUACGAUGCACGAGCCAGUCGUCUGGCCAUGGCCCGUAUACGCGACUUGCAUCCGGAACAGCAGGCAGCUGCCACGUCAAACGUGCUGUGGAGCGUUGAAGAGGAGAACAUUCUGGGCACUGUGCCGUACAAUGAUGCUGCCGAGCUCAGUACUUUCACCAACCUGCUAGCGCAGCACCGGUCCAUCUUCCAUCCGCGUCGCACAGCCAAGGCACUGCGUUAUCACUUCCUUCAGAUGCGUGCUAAGCGGCUGCAUCCGGGUACUAAGGUACUGGAUGACGAUCAUAUCAUGAUGUUCACUGAUACUGAAGAUCAUCUUAAUGAUCAAGAGUUGCUCGAGAUGAGCACAGACCCAAAUCGCGAGAAGGAACUUGCUCAAGUCGAUCGCCAGCAGAAGGCUGCCAUUCGUCAAUUGGAGUCUGACCUGCCAAAAUUUCAGGAGAUGUUGGAGGGCUCCACCGGGCAGAUGGAGAUGGAUCAGCUGACACUGGCUGUACUGCGCGGCGUCAACGUGCGCUACCUUAUGCGCUCGUUGUCCAUGACCAUAGGGCGCAACACAGUGGACCAUACGGUCGAUGUAGACCUGUCGCUGGAAGGGCCAGCAUUCAAAGUAUCACGUCGACACGCCACUGUUCAGCUGCAGGACGACGCACACUUCUACCUGACAUGUGAAGGCAAACGGGCCAUCUAUGUCAAUGGCCAGCCCAUUCUGCCACUGGAGCGCGCUCGCUUACAUCACAACUGCAUCGUGGAGGUAUGUUCACUGUCCUUCAUUUUCCUUAUCAAUGUACCGGUUGUCCACGAGACCCUGGCCAGGAAUAAAGAAACGGCAUGCCAGCCAUCUGCCACGGCAGCAGCAUCAUCUACUCCAGCUGGUUCUUCUGCGUCUCUACCAGCCUCUGCCAGUAGUGCAGCUAAUACAACUGCUGCUCCUGCAUCAGCAGUCAAAGACAGUGUAAGCUCUGCAGAGAAGCCUAUCAAGAUGGAAUCUUGAUACCUCAGCUACCGACGUUGUUUGCUCGUGAGGGUGUGUGUGUGUGUGCGUGUGUGUGCGUGGUCCUGUGUGCUGCAGUCACUUAGUUUGUCUGUACACAGGCAGUGGUUGUCCCUGCUGCUGCUGCUGCUGCUGCUGCUGCUAUAACCUAUGGGUUCUGCUGAUUAAUUUGACGCUACAGCUUGGUCAGUUUUUAUCGUUUUCACUAUGGUGGGUUUUUAUACUGUAUUCAAUCCGGCUGUCUUGCAUGCCACCCUUGCAUGCCAUCCUUGCCUCUAUCCUUGCCUCUAGCUUUCAUAUUGGUGAAUGUCACCCACAGUAUAUUUGUGUGUGUGUUUUACUGUUAUUGAUAGCUUCAACAAAGUGCAUUUUCUUCCUCCUUUCUACAAUCCAUCUUCAGUUCCAACAUUGAACACAUGCUCAGAUUUGA